AUGAUAGUCUUAGAGAAGUUUCUAAAGUGGAAGUUGCAUAUAACUUCAGAAGAAUUCCAGAAGUAUUGCAAGAACUAUUUGCCAUUACGACACAGGCCUAUGAGUGAUAUCAUAGAAUCUUUGGACAUAGCACAGAAUAAUAUACAAUUCACAACUGACACUAUAAGAAGAAACGGCUGUUUGGUGGCCGCUGAUCCUGUGAAUACAAAACUUAUGCUGGAGAAUGUAGAUUCUUUGGGAGGCUUGGAUAUAAGGGAAGCUAUAAAAAUUGAACCAUCAAUAUUGAAGAAUAAUUAUCAGUCUUUACUGCAAAUAAGAAGUCUGUUGGAGCAAUAUAAUAUACCAGAUGAAGCACAACAACGUUGUUUGAAAGUGUACUGCAUGAAUCCUAAAACAGUUCAGGAGAGAUUAGAUGAACUUGUUAAAUUAAGAGAAUUUCAGGUUCUGGAAACUAAUCCUAGAGUUUUAUACAUGGUGGUGCACAAAAGGAAAAUGUUAAAUCGUAUCACGAAAAUCCAAGCCGCCAAGAAACAGUGCUACAGUCUGAAUCAUUUAGUGUCAUCGAACAAGAUAUUCAACACAUACAUCAACAGCUUCGGUAACAAGAUAUGCAGUAGAGAUGUGGCUGUAUUGAUAUGUUCUUCGUUGCACUGCCCUCAUAUAACUAAUAAGUCUGUUCUCGACAAACUCCGUCGUCACAAGUACUGGUUACACACAGCAUUACAUGUGGUCAAUGAGAACUUACUGUUGUUGAAGCAGAGUUUCAGCGACCUCGUUAUAUAUAACAACUGUCAGAUAGUAUUGUAUCCAGUCAACGAAAUACAGCAGUACAUAGAUUUAUUACUGAGGUUUCGAGAAAAUGGAAAGCUUCCGAAAGAUUCGAGAAUUGAAGAAAGUAGCUUCAACAGCUUGAAGUGUGCCAAACUGACUGACGAUCAAAUAUUGAGUCUGGUUUUGUACGAAAUAGAAAAGAAAUAUCAUUUCAGCGGAGACGGCAUAUGGAACAAACUUGACGGAGGGAAAAUCGGAAGCUCCAUGAACCACAGAUUAAAACAAAAUUAUGCUAGCUAA